UUUUGGUUUCAACUUUCACAAGUGGUGAAUGCAGAAGCGGACAGCGUUUAAACUUGUUCACUAAAAUAUAUAGGAGUUGCCAACUUUGGUUUAAACUUCUUCGCUACUACUAAAAUACUACAGGUCUCUGCAUUUAGCUCCUCUCUGCUAACCGAAUCCUUCUCUAUUCAGCUUACCGCAAUGGAAGAUAGUGUGGUGACUAAUGCUGAAGAUGGCAAACCUGAUGAAGCUGUAUAACCUGAUAAAAUUGAUGGAGGCCUGAAAAAGGAAGCAAAUGCAAACGUGAAUCCAACACAUGUUGCAGUUGAUAGAAAGAGACAUCUGAAUGUUGUAUUCAUUGGUCAUGUUGUUAGUCCGAGUCAGCUGGGGACUUGCAGUUUGUAUGAUAAGCAACUUCAUAGAUUCUAAUAUGCUGGAAAGUCCACAGCUGGAGGACAAAUACUAUUUCUUAGUGGUCAAGUUGAUGAUCGGACUAUCCAGAAGUAUGAGAAGGAAGCAAAGGAUAAGAGUAGAGAGAGUUGGUAUAUGGCCUAUAUCAUGGAUACAAAUGAAGAGGAGAGAGCGAAGGGAAAAACAGUUGAGGUAGGAAGAGCACAUUUUGAAACAGAGACAACAAGAUUUACAAUCUUGGAUGCCCCGGGUCACAAGAGUUACAUCCCGAAUAUGAUUAGUGGAGCAUCUCAAGCCGAUAUAGGUGUAUUGGUUAUAUCCGCUAGAAAGGGUGAAUUCGAAACUGGAUAUGAAAGAGGUGGACAAACACGUGAACAUGUUCAACUUGCAAAGACUCUAGGAGUUUCUAAGCUCCUUGUUGUUGUAAAUAAGAUGGAUGAUCCUACUGUCGUCUGGUCUAAAGAAAGGUAUGACGAUAUCCAGUCCAAAAUGAUGCCAUUCUUAAAAUCAUCUCAAUACAAUGUAAAGAAAGAUGUUCAGUUCCUGCCAAUCUCUGGUCUCCUUGGUUCAAAUAUGAAAACUCGGGUGGAGGAAAGAGUAUGCGCAUGGUGGGAUGGUCCAUGCCUUAUUGAAGCUCUUGAUGCGGUAGAAGUUCCUCCCCGAGAUCCUGAAGGUCCACUAAGAAUGCCUAUUAUCGAUAAAUUUAAAGACCUGGGAAAUGUUGUUAUGGGUAAAACAGAAUCUGGGAGCAUUUGUGAGGGUGAUAGUUUGUUGAUGAUGCCAAAUAAGGCUGUUGUGAAAGUACCUGCUCUAUUUUGUGAUGAAGAUAGAGUUAGGUACGCAGAUCCGGGGGAAAAUGUACGAGUUAGGUUAUCUGGAAUCGAGGAAGAGGACAUUUUGUCGGGUUUUGUCUUGUGCAGUGUUGCAAAGCCCAUACCUGCAGUUACUGAGUUUGUUGCACAGUUACAGAUCUUGGAGCUGUUGGACAAUGCUAUUUUUACUGCUGGCUACAAGGCUGUGUUGCAUAUUCAUGCUAUUGUUGAGGAAUGCGAGAUUGUUGAACUGAUGCAGCAGAUUGAUCUCAAGAAAAAGAAGCCCAUGAAGAAAACACCUUUGUUUGUGAAGAACGGAGCAAUCGUUCUAUGUCGUGUUCAGGUGAAUAAUCUGAUUUGUAUCGAGAAGUUCUCUGAUUUUCCACAACUUGGGCGGUUCACUCUUCGCAGUGAAGGGAAAACUGUUGCUGUGGGGAAAGUUACCACCCUUCCUACUGUUGCUAAUAAUGCGUGAACAACUUGAUAACUGAAAAGAGGAAAGGUCAGUUGAACUUAGAUGGCAGCAGACACAAUUUUUGGUCCUUUGCAGCAUUAACCUGGAGCUAAGUUGAUGUGAUCUGCUAUAUGCGUAAACGUUCACCAGUUUAGUGUCUGCGUAGUGUGCUAUUGGUUCUGGUAUCUGUUGUCGUUUUAUAGUACCAUCCGAUGAUGGUGCUUGUUUUUUAUUGCGCAGUGCUGUAUGAAUCUAUCUUGAUUUUGGUAGAUGAUCCAUUUUACAUGCUGGUCGAUCUUAUAUAUGCACAAAAAUACCGAUAAUUGGGCCUUUGCUUAUAGCUGAAUGCAUAGCAAUUAAUCCUUUUGAAAUACGAUUGCAUUGAUCUCCA